GUUGGCAAUUAUUCUGAAUGCAUUCUUGACAUUCCCUCUCUUGGUCUUCAAUUUGAUUACUGGCCAGGCACUGUUGUAGCCUUUUCUGGCCAGCUUUUGCAGCAUGGUGUGAAUGAUGUGAGUGGCAACCAUUGCUCACUAGCAUUUUACAUGCAGGACAAUAUUCACAACUGGCUUGGAGUC